AUGUUUCAUGGGACUCUCAAGGGGGCUUACUACUCUCACCUCAUGGGUCACAAGUCUACUUUCUCGGAGAUGAUUAUGGCCGGGAAGCAGGUAGACCUGGGCAUCAAACUCGGAAGGUUAGAGGGCCCGACAAAGAAAGGGGAAGGAGAGUCCUCGAGGAAGACUGCCUUAGCAGCCACCCUCACUGGCGGCAGAAGGAGUAAGGAGGCAUCGGUCAAUGCCGUCAAUGUGGGCCACAACGUGCCGCAACAGUACUCGGUGAGCUUCACGCCCGCACCAUCUACCACCCCCGCGUAUGCUCCACCGCCUUCGCCCUAUCCGUCUCAGUAUCUCGCUCAACCGGUUUAUUAUUCGACUCCGCCGACAGCAUUUUCAUCGGCCCCGCAACAAGUCGUCCAUCAUUAUGCUCCCGCUCCUCCUCAGACCCCGCAGUACAGGCCUCCGGCUUCGAGAACUCCUCAGCCGACGCAACAGGCCCCAGCCCCACAGGGUCAACAAGGCGGUGCAAUGCAAGCUCGGCAGCGCAUACAGUUCACACCCCUGCCUACCCCGCUCUCCCAUAUAUACAGGCAACUAUUAGCCGGCGACAUGAUCCGACCAACGGUUCCCGGUUCCAGUUUCGUUCCGGCAAACCAAGAUCAGAGUCUACGCUGCGAGUACCAUUCAGGUGCACCCGGGCACACCACCGACAACUGUUGGAAAUUGCGGGAGGAGGUUCAGAAGUUGAUCAAUAGUAAAAAGAUCUCGUUCAAUGCCAUUAGGCCCCCGAACGUGCAAGCUAACCCUCUCCCUGAUCACGGGUCAAGCUCGGGGCCCACCAUCAAUAUGAUCAGUAUUUGCACUAUGAGAGAGGACGAGAGCCAACAGGAGGGCCCUGCUCCAUUUGUAAUUGAGUAUGUCCCCGCUGAAGCCACUGUAGGGUUCACAGGGUCUAGUGCCGCGCCCGCCCCGUUCAUAAUAGAAGUCCCCGCUCGAGAGACGUACCAAGACAGCAAGGUCCCCUGGACCUAUGAAGGAAGUGUUGGGAACCUUGAGCAGCAGUUCAGUGUCAUGGGCGUGACACGCUCGGGCCGGGUGUACACGAACCCGGAUAUCGCAAGCAAAGGUAAGGCUCCCGCUGCAUCCGGAGCUGCUCCGGAAGCCCCGCCUAUCUCGCAGAAGAAGCCACACCGAGCAGCCCUCCUACGAGUCCUCACCGCAGCACAGGUUCUCAAGGAGACAGCCCCGGAUCGGAUUGAAGAGACCGUCAGCUCGAUUUUCUCCAAUGCCAUCUCAUUUUCAGAUGACGAGCUCCCCUCCGAAGGAUGGGCACACUCACGGGCGUUGCACAUCGUCUGCAAGUGCAACAAUUUCAUCAUUGGCCGGGUCAUGAUCGACAACGGCUCCGCCCUCAAUGUUUGCCCAGUGUCCACGUUGAAGCAAAUGAAUGUGGACCUCCACCGCGUCCGCCCGAGCAAAAUCGCGGUUCGAGCCUUUGACGGCUCACGGAGGGAAGUGAAUGGGGAGAUUGACCUCUUGAUCGAUGUCGGCCCGUGCUCAUUCAGCGUCACAUUUCAGGUCCUUGACAUCCCAAAUGCUUUUAGCCUGCUCCUCGGGAGACCCUGGAUCCACUCAGCUGGAGCCGUGCCCUCGUCCCUGCACCAAAGGAUCAAGUUCAUCGCUGAUGAUCGGCUCAUUACGGUCAAGGGUGAAGAGGACUACGCCAUCUACAAAGAAACGGCUGUGCCCUAUAUUAGCAUCGGAGACGACGAGAACCUCCCAUUCCAUUCAUUCGAGACCAUCUCCGUCAUUCGGGACUAUGGGGAGGUCCGUCCAUCUCGUGCUGACCGCAUGGUCGAGAAGGUCCUUAUGCGUCACAACUACGUUCCCGGUACCGGGCUUGGAGCAAAGGGGCAGGGGAUCAAUUGCCCCAUCGAGAUUGAAGAGUACAAGAACAGGAGGGGACUCGGUUUUCGCCCUUCCUGCCACGAGAGUAUCGAGGCUCGUAGGGGCAAGCACCUCCACCAUCUCGCCGUGCAUUACGGGAAGAUCAACAGGGGCAUCCCAGUUCUCCCACUCUCUCAUUUGUUUCCUGCACCGCCGCACAUCGUCGGAGGUACUCUUGACGGCCCUUCCUCGAUUUCAGAUGCCAAGCCUGUCAAUCUGCCAGUCAUAUGCGCCGUCACCGAGGAGACUCCUCUAGGGGUCCAUAUCCGCCUUGCACAGAAGAAUGAGGAGCUCAACAACUGGACCUCAGUCCCGUGCUACUCAGUUGUGAUCGCCGAUGUGUAA